AUGGAUUUCAUCAAGCCGCCCAUUGUGUUUAUCCACGGGUUGUGGGUGACCCCUGUGUCUUGGGAGUACUGGAUCCCGUUCUUUCGGAAAAGAGGGUUUGAAGUGCACGCCCCCGGUUGGCCAGGGGUCGACGGCCGAACGCAUGAAGAAAUCCAUGCAGACCCGGAGCCUAUCGCUCUCCAUCGUAUCGAAGACAUCGUAGACCACUACGCGGCAUUCAUUCAAAAGCUACCGGAGCCUCCCAUCAUCAUAGGACACUCGUUCGGUGGCCUCUUUGCCCAGAUCCUUCUGUCGCGCGGAAUAGGGGCCCUGGGCAUAGCUGUGUGUCCUGCACAGCCGGCGGGUAUCAUUUACGUCGCACCGACUACUAUCAGAGCCGCGUUUCCCAUCUUCACCCACCCCCUGCAUUCCGACGCCACCGUCCCGAUCUCCGAAAGACACUUCCGCUACUGCUUCGGAAACCUCCUGUCGGCCGAGGAGAGCAAGAAGCAAUGGAACCGGUACUGCAUACCGGCGGAUUCCAGGGUACUCUGGCAGUUGGCGACAAACGUCACGGCGGGACGGGCGGCGCCGAACUUUGUCCACUUCAACAAGCCUGACCGGGCACCCUUGUUGCUCAUCAGUGCCUCGAAAGACCAUAUUGUCACCGCCAGGACCGUCAAGUUGGAGUACAAAGCUUACAAAGGUCCUGCGAUCGUGGAGUACAAGAAUCUCGAAGGUCGUAGUCACGGACUAAUUUUUCAGGAGGGAUGGGAGGACGUUGCAAAUUACGUUCUCGAGUUCAUUGAAAGCCAUAGCUAG